CGUCAAUUCAUAGUAAAUAAAUAUUGUAAAUUAUCAAUAACGAAUUGUAUCCGUAGAUAGGUCCUCAGGACGCCAAGCCGGUCACGUGAUGCUCCCGCACCCGGGGCUGCGGGCGGUCGCCAGCCAGCCAAUUCGCGGCAGCUCAACAUGCCAGAAACACACGCUGGAAAGCAGCACUUCAUAACGGCCAUUUUGCGCGCGCCUUCCCGCCAAUCAGCGCUUCAUUCUUUCCCCUCGCUGCCCCCGCUUAGUCACGACGCAGCCAAAUCACGCUCGCGCUCUCCAUCCCUAUUUAAACGGGCGCCCCCGUUAUUUCUGCCUUCUUUUCUCUCUCUUUUCCACUCCUAUCGCCCACUAUCCCACCGACCACUUUUCAUCACUUUCUCGCCAUUUUUCAUCGGAUUUCAUCGACAACAUGACUGGACGUGGCAAAGGUGGCAAAGGCCUCGGCAAGGGUGGUGCUAAGCGUCACCGUAAGAUCUUGCGCGACAACAUCCAGGGUAUCACCAAGCCCGCCAUCCGCCGUCUAGCGCGUCGUGGUGGUGUCAAGCGUAUCUCAGCCAUGAUCUACGAAGAAACCCGUGGCGUCCUCAAGACCUUCCUCGAAUCCGUCAUCCGUGACGCCGUCACCUACACCGAACACGCCAAGCGCAAGACCGUCACUUCGCUCGAUGUCGUCUAUGCCUUGAAGCGCCAGGGCCGCACCCUGUACGGUUUCGGUGGUUGAUCUGCUUCAUCUAGAUCACUUGAAUACUCUUUCUUUUGUUGGUUUUAUUUUUGAUUCAGAUUGGUUGGUUAUGGGGUUAGGGAUGGACGGUUUGGCUUUGGUUUGAGAUAAUUCAAUAAAUGAUUUUCACGAAUAUUCUACUAGAUUAUAGCCUCUAUUAGUAGUGAUGAAGUAGUGAAGCGGUGUAA